UCCGGUUUCGGAAGGCAUACAUGCAACAACUCCCAAAAAUCAGCGCGUUAUAAAUAAAUCUCAAGGCUUGAAGUUUUAACGCAACGUGUUAAAAUUUUACAUGCUAUCUGAUCGUUAAAUCAUUGAUACUAUCGAGUUUGACAGUUAAUUGACGUGUGUAAUUGUUCUACCAGAACUGACCGGUUCUACUUUCGUUUCGUGUCCACGUUGACAGGUCACGUGACCUAUUGUACUACAACUUCCUUUUUAACCUGCCACAUGAACAGUGUACACGAACAGAAUGAGUGCGACGCCUGUUUUUCACAAAGGAACUGUAAAAUCGGUCCUCUCUGGUGAUGCUGUUGUCAUCAGGGGCCAGCCCAAGGGUGGACCUCCACCAGAGAGAACCCUUUGUUUCUCAAAUGUGACUGCCCCAAGACUGGCCAGACGGGCAAACCCAAAUGUGGAUAACUCUGUCGAAACAAAAGAUGAGGCUUGUGCCUGGCAAGCAAGAGAGUUCCUCCGAAAGCUACUCAUUGGAAAGGAAGUGCUGUUUACAGUGGAAUACAAAACUCCCGCAGCCUCGAGAGAAUAUGGCUGUGUCUUCUUGCCAAAAGAUCCCACAGGAGAGACCAAAGAGAACAUGACAGAGCUGUUGGUUGCAGAAGGCCUCGUGGAACUUAGGAGGAUGGGUCUCCGAACUGAAGAUGAAAAUGCCCAGCGACUCAUUCAGUUGGAGGAGGCAGCCAAGGCUGCUGGGAAGGGCAAGUGGAACCCAGAGGUAAUCACCAACCCUGAGAACAUCAUCCGCGACAUCAAAUGGACCAUUGAAAACCCUCGACAGUUUGUUGAUUCCUUCCACCAGAAACCAAUUGAUGCUGUAAUUGAACAUGUGAGAGAUGGCUGCACGGUGAGGGCUUUCCUGCUGCCUGACUUCCACUAUGUGACCAUCAUGUUGUCUGGAAUUAAGUGCCCGAUGUUCAAAACCAACGACGCUGGUAAGCAGGAAGCAGAACCAUUUGCAGAGGAAGCCAAGUUCUUUACAGAGUGUCGUCUGCUGCAACGGGAAGUGAAGAUUGUCAUGGAGGGGGUGUCCAAUCAGAAUAUCCUUGGAUCUGUCCUGCAUCCAAAUGGGAACAUAGCAGAGCUGCUUCUAAGGGAAGGGUUUGCUCGCUGCGUGGACUGGAGCAUGGGCGUGGUCACACAGGGGGCCGAGAACCUCAGAGCUGCUGAGAAGUCAGCUAAAGACCGCAAGGUUCGUAUCUGGAAGGACUACUCCCCGGCCACUUCUGGACCCAGCAUCAGUAUCAAGGACAAGACCUUCCAAGGCAAGGUUGUCGAGUGUGUGAAUGGAGAUGCCCUUGUGGUUAAGACAGCAGAUGGGCAGUUCAAGAAAUGUUUCCUGUCCAGCAUUAAACCACCGAGGGCGGCAGCUGCUGCUGAAGCAGAAACCCCCGCCAAGCCAGGACCUCGCAUCACUCGCCCCCUGUAUGACAUACCAUACAUGUAUGAGGCCAGAGAGUUCCUCAGGAAAAAACUCAUCGGCAAAAAGGUGAAUGUUGAAGUGGACUACAUCCAGCCUCCCAACCAGGGCUUUGCAGAGAAGACCUGCUGCAGUGUCACUAUUGGUGGAAUUAACAUUGCUGAAGCCCUGAUUAGCAAGGGCCUGGCCACUGUGAUCCGAUAUCGCCAGGACGAUGACCAGCGAUCAUCCAAGUACGACAUCCUAUUAGGGGCGGAAGAGCGGGCCAAGAAGAAGGGGGUGGGGCUCCAUUCAAAGAAGGAGGCGCCUAUACACCGUGUAGCUGAUGUGUCUGGGGAUGUGAUGAAGGCCAAGCAGUUCCUGCCUUUCCUGAUGAAGGCCGAGCGCCUGGAGGCUGUGUGUGAGUUUGUGGCCAGUGGGUCUCGUGUACGAGUCUUCCUGCCCAAAGAGACCUGCCUCAUAACCUUCCUUAUCUCAGGUAUUGAGUGCCCCCGUGGUGCCCGGCCCGGCCCUGCAGGUUCCACUGUACCAGGGGAACCGUUCGGAGAGGAAGCCAUGAUGUUCACCAAGGAGAUGUGUAUGCAGCGAGAGGUUGACAUCAAAGUGGAGACUACAGACAAGGGAGGUAACUUCAUUGGCUGGCUGUUUGUGGAAGGGGUAAACCUGUCACUGGCACUGGUUGAAAAAGGUCUGGCCAAGGUUCACUUCACAGCAGAGAGGUCCCCGUACUACAAUGAGAUGCUGAAAGCUGAAGCUACCGCAAAAGAAAAUAAACUUAAUAUCUGGGCUGACUUUGAGGAGCCUGUAGUGGUGAAGGAGGCUGAUGAGCCACAGGAGCGCCAGGUCACGUAUCGCAAGGUUGUUGUCACUGACGUUGGGGCCGACCUCAAGUUCCACGCACAGACGGUUGAAAAUGGCCCUCGUCUGGAGAAGCUAAUGGAGGACCUACGUAUCGACAUGGAAACCAACCCUCCCCUCCCUGGGGCCUACACGCCCAAGAAAGGGGACAUGUGCGCCGCAAGAUUUUCCGAGGACCAACAGUGGUAUCGCGCAAGGGUUGAGAAAAUUGAAGGAUCCAAGAUCCAUGUACUCUUUGUUGACUACGGGAAUCGGGAGGUGACAGAUGCGACCCAACUGUCUCAAUUGGCCUCCAAUUUCACGCUACUGAGUCCCCAGGCCCAGGAGUUCCAGCUGGCAUUUGUGCAGUUACCAACAGAUGAGGAAGCCAAACUAGAUGCGCAGGAUGCCUUCUAUCAUGAUGUUCUGAACCGUCAGCUCCUGCUAAACGUGGAGCACCGUAUCGGUGGUGGAGAGUCAGUGUCCCUGUGCGACCCAGAUUCCAACGAUGACGUUGCCAAGGCCCUGAUCAGCGCUGGUUUCGUGAUGUGUGAACAGCGGCGGGAGAAGAGGUUCUCCAAGGUCCUCUCCGAGUACCACAAGGCGCAGGAAGCAGCAAAGAACAACAGGGUGAACAUCUGGCGCUAUGGGGACUUCCGUGAAGACGACGCCAAAGAGUUUGGUUACAAGCGCUAACGCUGACCUUCAAUCUGUUAACACAAGUGGAACGAGCAUUGUUACGUCCGUAUCUGAGCAUCUCCACAUCGUGGAACAGCUGUGCUAUUGUGGCAUUAACAUCAACAGCUUUGGAGCACUUAUGUCUUAAACCAAUGACAGGAAAGCAAUAACUUCCUUUGGAUAUAUAAAAUUGAGUCUUGAUCUGGGAAAAUGGGGCUAAAUGCACAACAGGGCAACAUGCACGUGUGUAAAGUGUUGUCCCAUAUUAGCCUGCGCAUUCUACACAGGCUAAUCAGGAUAAACACUUUCCGCCAAGACUGGAUUUUGUUAAAAGGAUACUGAAAAUUCUAUUUAAGUGGAAAAUGCUGUCCCUGAUUAGUUCAGACUGCAAAGGUCAAUCUGGGACGACACUUCAUGCAUGUGCAUUAAGCCCAGUUUUCCCAAGACAAGGCCCCUAAAUCUAAAUGCGAAUUACAUUUUAGUAAUGAAAACGUUCUUCUUUAUGAAGUGUAAUAGAACAUAAGAUAAUGUGCAAACAUUCAUAAUAUCAGAUAAUGGCCAGCUGAAAGCAUGGGUGAUGUUCGGAUAUGGGCGUAUCAAAAUAUGCAAAGCUACACAAGUGGAAUCUAGUAAAUUGUACAUUUAUCAAAUCAGAAACUUUACACACGUUGAAGAUAGCUUUUGUCAAAAUGUUUUUUAUUGGAAUGUUCUUCCUAAUGGCGAAAUACAAGCUUUACAUGUAUGUUUUAUUAGUCAUAUUUUAUACAGAUAUAGUGUUAGAAUUCAUAAUAAAUUUCCAAUUUAUAAAGUAAGUUUUAUUUAGAAAUUAACUUCAUUUGUUUUCAUAUCCUCAUUACACACUUUGUUCUUAUAAUCAUUUGCCACAUUUCAUUGCUGGGACCAAUACAGGGUCAAAAAAGUCUUUCGAAAUUCGAAAUAUUUGCUCUUUUUUUUCCAAAUGCAUGUAAUUUAUUUUAUUUCUAGGAGGCAGCUUGAAAAGAACAAUACCAUGUUUAUACUCUGUAUAAGCAAGCAACGGUUUCCCUGUUAGGAGGAAUGUUUCUUGUUUGGUUAUGGGCGGAAUUAUAUUUCUUGUAGUAACAUAGGAACAACUUGAAGUCAAGUGUCCUACACAACACUAAUUCAUGAUUUAUCAAUGUCAGCCAUAAACUGACAUGGAUAUAUUUACAGAUUUAGCAAAACCUGACAGACAAAUCUUACAAAACAUUAAAAUGUCUGACGACCAUUUGGGUGCUUUCAAAUACAAAGUCUUUAAAAAAGGAAAGAUUAAAUAUAACGAUCAUAUAUGUCACUAAGAUUAUUCCCAUAUCUGACAAUAUUUUUAUAUGUCCAUGACCUACCCAUAGCAGGUUUUGCAGAGUCUGUAUUGUUAAUAGUAGUAUUUGUUCCCUCUAUUGGAGUUUUGUAAUAGUUAGUAAUGAUAUGCAACUUAAACUGCUACUUACACAACACGAGGAUUGUAAGUUUCCUAUGUUACCAGCAAGAUUACUGCAAUAAAAGCAUAAUCAACA